AUGGCAAAUAUUCUUUUUGACUCUGUCGACUUGAACGCUUCAACAGUCUUUGAAUCAGGCGAAACAUCUCCAGGUGAGGGCCUGCUGUCGAAGCACUUGCGGGAUACACAUCCGGACUGGAUACUGGAAUCGGAAAAAACCAGUCGCCAAAAGCGCUUCAGUGACUUUUCGACAGGCAGCUUCCGACUCGCAGCUGUCUUCAGUAUUCUGCUGCUUGGCUCGUUAACGGGGCUCACCUAUCUACAAAAUUCCUACUCGAAACCUCAAGUCGAAGUCUGGAUUGCUUAUCCAGUUGAGCGGAGUGACGGACCGCCAAUACAGCUCAGAAUUGAAAAGUCGAAUACAACAAAAUGGUUAUCCAGUCACAGGGAAGAUCUCGAAUCUUUUGCGUUUAGAAUCGAUGAUCAGACAUUAGUACCAAAAGAGCUUCUCAGCACCCAAGAAGUCAAAUAUCAAUCGUGGUUCCAGAAGUUCUACCCUCAGUUGUGGGACGUGUACAGGAGCGGCGAGCAUCUUGAUGGCGACUACCUGGAGGCAGCCCCCUCGAAUAUGAUCCAUGUUGAUCUCCGCUUCCAUCUUUCGCAUUGCGUGUUAGCACUCAGGAGGUACUGGAAUGCGAGAGAAAGUGGAAAGCACGUUUGCAGUCGCGAUUUAGACCCAGGUCAUAUCGAGCACUGUCUGAAUAGUCUUGAUGAAUGGGCUUUUCCGGAGGAUGGAAUUCCGCCAAAACAUAACGUUUGGCUUGAGUGGAUCACUCAAGUGUGCGAGUACGAGACGUAA